UCUGGAAACUCAAAGUCUAUAUUACUGACGCCAAUAAUCGCUCCUUAAAAGGCGCUAAUGAGAUAAUGAAAAGAUCUAAUCUCAAAUGAUGCAGCGCGGAAGAAAGAGAUGGAAAUAAAUAGUGACAAGUCCCGCAGUUCAUGCGGCUCUGUCAGGUUUAGCGGAUGCGUCAACUCGUGAAUCACUAGGAGGAUAACGAGGGGGAAAGAGAGAGAAAGAGAGAUGGAAAGGAGGUAAGAAAGGGAGGAGGAGGGGAAGGAGGAGGAGGAGGAGGAGGAGAGGAAAGAGACUCACGCUCCCUUGUUACAAAAAGAAACCGCCGUCAGUCUGUCUGUCACAGAGACCACACGCGCCCGGAGAGGCUCCCGCUCGUCAUAGCAGGCCUCCACCUACAGGCCUCCAUCUCCGGCUCACCUCUACCGACACGCAACGGGACUGGACCCUAACGAGACGAGGCCUUCUGCGCACUUACACAUAGUCAAAUGCUGUCCUAUUUUUUUUGAGUAGUGUAUAUUUAUUUGUGACAUUAUCCGUAUUCCGUAUCCGUGUUUCCAACACCUUGAAGAACAUCGCGGAAUUCCAUCUAGAAAGCGAACUUCAAGUGUGUUGCUGUUGAAGAGGCAGCCUGCAGGCUGCUGCCACACAGUGGGCCUCGUCUGCUCACUUACCGCGAGACUGUCGGAGGACGCGGUGCUUCAAACGGAGACGCUUCUAAAACCGGCUAAACCAUUUCGUCAAAAAUGAAACAUCUCAUCGGAGUCCACCACUCCCAGACUGUCUUGCUAUUGGCUGCAGCCAUGGUGCUGGCCCAUUCCCUUGAGGCAUCAUCCUACAAUCUGGCCAAUGAGAGAAGCUCGAUCGAAAGAACCUACGAGCUCACCAAGUAUCUGGAGCACCAGCUGAAGGAGAUCAAAGACACCUACCUCUCCUACCUGGGGCCCCCCUUCAACGAGAAGGACUUCUCCCCGCCGCGGCCCAACAGCACGGCCCUGUCCCUGCCCAGCGCCGCCACGCGGCUGGAGCUGUGGCGAGGCCUGGAGAACCGGGCACGGCUGGCCCAGAACCAGCGGGCGUACUCUGUGUUGCUGGCAGCGGUGCAGGAGCUGGCUCGCUCCACGCUCUGCCCUUACCUCCAGACCUCCCUGCUGCACUUCUGCACCGGGCUAGACGGCCUGCUGGUCUCCAUCUCCGGCCUGAUGAGCGGCCUGGGCCACGCCCCGCCCCCGCCUCCCGGCCUGGCCCUCGGGGGCGGGGCCCUGGUGGGCGAGGAGGUGGCGGCCGGCCCCCUCCACAGGCCCGCCCCCCUCCUCAUGAGUCAGCGGGGGGCGCUGGGCACGGUGGCAGCCCGGGAUGGCCGGGUCCCGUUCUGGGCGCUGGCCGAGGAGGACGAGGAGGGGGGAGGGGGGGAGGAAAGGGGGAGGAGGAGGGAGGCCAUGGAGAGGAGGAGAGGCAAGGAGGGGAGGAGGCGCUCCGAGGGAAGGAGGAGCCACGGGUGGCGGGAGAGGACGGGCGGGGCGGAAAGAGGGAGGAGGGGCCGGCGAGGGAGGAGGGGGGCGGAGCCUGCUGACCAGAACACAGAAGAGGAGGAGGAGCAGGAGGACGAGGACUUGGAGGAGGAGCAGGAAGUGGAGGGAGGGCUGGAGCUGUGGGGCCAGCGGAGGAGGCUGCUCAGCGUGUUGGAGGAGCUGUGGGAGGAGACGCGGCUGCAGGGGGAACCCCAGCGUGGCCCGUCCCUCUGGGCAACAGCAGGCGGUGAGGCCCCCCGUCGGCCCCCAGGUCCCCGGACCAACAGCGACAACAACAACAACAACAACAACAACAAUGACAACAACAACAACGACAACAGCAACAACAACAAAAACAACAACAACAACGAUAAAAGCAAAAACAACAACGGCGGUGACAGCUACAACUACGACAGCUACGUUGACAACCAGUACAGCUACAACCUCAACUACCGGCCCGCCGACACGGUCAGGAGGGAGGACAGCCUGGAGCACAGCCUGGAGCACAGCCUGGAGGACAGCCUGGAGGACAGCCUGGAGCACAGCCUGAAGGACAGCCUGGAGGACCACCUGGAGGACAGCCUGGAGAACAGCCUGGACCAACGCCUGGGGGACAGCCUGGAGGACAGCUCGGACACAGGUUACCUGCUGCUGCCUGAUGGAGGCUCCUCCUCCUCCUCCUCCUCCUUGCGACGCCACCCACGCUCCCUUCCUCCCCCCUCCCCCACCCUCCUCCCCCCCUCCCUCUCCGCACUCUCCUUCUUCUACCCCCUUGGGGAGGAGCCCGGGAGGGAGGGCCUCCUCGCGCUCCCCCCCCCACUCCCCAUCUCCCUGCGCCAGGGCCCGGCCCUCCUCCCUGCUCCUCUCCCCCCGCUCCUCUCCUCCUCGCAGGGCGCCUCCUUCUCCCCCAUGCUGGCGGUGCGGCCAGCGCUCAGCGACUUCGCCCGCAAGGUGGAAGGCUUCUGGAUCCUCAGGGAGCUGCAGAGCUGGCUGUGGCGGUCGGCCAAGGACUUCAACCGGCUGAAGAAGAGACUACGGGGCUGA